AUACAUUAAGCUUACAAGUUAACUCGUUCAGAUUUCAUCAAACCAGUCAACUGCAAGAGUUGGGGAAGUGAGAACGUGCCUGAUUUCGAUCUUCAUAAUAAUUAGGAUUUUUUAUCUUCCAUAGACUUAACGCCGAAGACAUCUUAACGAGUCUUCAAAAUGUACAAAACGGUCGCAGAAUGCUACGAAGGGCAAUCUGUUUUUCUGACUGGAGGCACCGGUUUUCUAGGAAAGGUGAUCUUAGAAAAAUUACUGUACAGUUGUCCUGGAUUAGACAAAGUUUACGUAAUGGUCCGAGACAAGAAAAACACAGUUGCGCAGCAAAGAAUCCAGAAGAUUCUGGAACAGCCGAUUUUCUCGAGAUUAAGAGAUGAAAAUCCCAAAGCCUUUGACAAAAUUGUUCCAAUCGUGGGCGACAUUUCCGAACCUAAACUCGGACUCAACGCUCAGGAUGAAGAACUUAUAACUAGUAAGGUUUCGAUAGUAUUCCACGUUGCUGCAACAAUCAAGUUCAAUGAACCAUUCGAAGUUGCUAUGAACAUUAACGUGGCCGGUACCAAACGGGUACUCGAACUCAGUCAUCGCAUGAAGAAUAUUAAGGCCUUUGUCUACGUUUCAACUGCUUAUUCAAAUUCAGACAGAGAUGUUAUAGAGGAAGUCAUAUAUCCAGCGCCAGCUUCUUUGAACGAACUGAAAAAGUUACUAGAGAUUGGACUAACUGAAGAACAAGUAAAGAAUCUUAUAGGUAACAGACCCAAUACGUAUACAUUCACGAAAGCGAUUGCGGAAAACCUAAUAGCUGACAAUAGUGACCGCAUACCGUCUGUGAUAAUCCGCCCAUCUGUAGUAUCAUCCAGCAAAACGGAGCCUCUUGUUGGAUGGAUUGACAACUGGUUUGGAGCCUCCGCCCUCAUGACUACAAUCUCUAAGGGCUUGAACCGUGUUGUCCUCGCUCAUCCUUUAAAUUGUCUUGAUCUCAUACCAGUUGAUUAUGUUUCAAAUUUAAUAAUCGUUGCUGCUUCGAAAUGUGAAAGGUCAAAAGAUGUCGCAGUAUACAAUUGCAGUUCGAGUGCAGAAAAUCCAAUAACAAUGAAACAUUUGAGUGAACUUAUCAUUGAAGAUGCUCACAAGAAUAAAUGUUAUGACGCACCCUUGCCAUUCGUAUACUUCACGCAGCAUAAAAUGCUGCUGUUCCUUUUAACGCUGAUCCUGCAAACGAUACCAGCCUAUAUAGGAGACAUAAUUUUAUUGUUAAUAGGAAAAAAAGCCAGAUUCAUAAAAAUCCAAGCCAAAAUAUCGUUGGUCCGAAAUACAUUGGAAUAUUUCACAUCAAAUAAUUGGAUCAUAAAGGCGUCAAAGACGAGAGCCUUAGCACAGUCUCUCUCACCAGUCGACAAAGAAACAUUCCCUUGCGACCCGGCAGAUAUUGUGUGGGACGAAUACAUUCCAACUUAUUGUGCGGGCAUAAGAAAAUUUUUAUUACCAAAGAAGUAAUAAAAUCAUGAUUUGUUUAAUUCUCCGAGUAAUAAUAAUAAUAGUGGUAUACAAAAAGAACAAUUUGUUUUUCUAUUUAUUAUAUUUAGAAAGAUAAAUAGAUAACAAACGAGUUUUUUAAUGUCGAAUGUUUUAUGGAAGAACCCCACUAACCUCUGUACUAGCAAUAUAUAAUUACUACGCAAUGACUAGCGAGAGGAUUAGUGGAAAAGAAAAUAAAUACUCCAGAAAGAAAUGGAAAGGCAAGGAAAAGACGAGUACACACACACACACUUAAGUAAAUAACUAAAUGAUAUACUUAUGCUAAAUUCAAAUCACAAUGACAAAAGUGAUGUCCAUGCAAACUUUAUAUAUGACACGUCAACUACUUUCAUUAGCCUUUCAGUUAACAGCCUAGCCAUUUUAUUAACGCCGUUACAACAGCAACCUGAAUGACAUUCAGCCACUACAUCUAUGUUAUGCUAGUAAAUAAUAAUUUAGUUAUAUAAAAUAUCAUAAAUAAAACUUUAAAUAAAUUACUUACUUUUAAAUAAAUGUAGAAAUUAAGUUUUUGUCAGGCAAAUUUAACGGUAUCAUUUAAUUAAAAGGCUAGGCUGGUAAUUGAAUGGCUAAUUAAUCUGCGACAUGUAUAUAAUUUUUCUAUACCUAUGACGAUGAACAAUUUUGUAGUUGCAAAAUUGAGGGUGUUUGAGGGACCCCCUGAAUGCUUUAAGUUGGACCCAGCAGGUGGCGAUGCCAUCGGGUCCAGGGUGUUUUUCUAAAAAAUGUAGUCGGGACGGGCCACUAUUUAUUUAAGAAACUUAAUUUAGUUAUAUA